AAACAUCAGAGCCAUACUAGAGAUUCCACCAGCUGCGACAAACAGUCAGUCAACUAUCUCAGUUGUUUACUCCAUUUUCUCUGUUGAGCAAGUCGCUUUAAACACCGCGUAGAGUUAUUAUUGUUUUUUUAAAAGAAGAAUUUGACAACUUUUGUACAAAAAUAGACAAAGACAUGAUAGAGUAGCGCGUUUCGAAAGAUAAGUCGUUGCCAUUUGGAUAGUUUAGCUUUGUGGCUAGGAAAAUAAGUGUGCUAGUCUACAUUUGGAUGGCGUGAUAUUUACAAAGUAAACCAUUUAUAAUGUUAGACGGUUAAAUAAACGUAUUCGGUUAGUUCGUUUUGUGGACGGAGGGUCGUUUUUGAGUAGGGAAUUAACUUGUAUGUGUCACACUGAGCGACUCGUUCGGCAACUCCAACAAACAAUAGGCGUUUUUGUGUAGCUGGCAGAGCUCGCGAGCUACCACACAAAGCCAGCUAGCACAACCUGCUAGCUUAGCUUAGUUUGGGUUAGCCCGAGAGGAAACGCUACCCAGGCGUUGUCUGUAAAUCCGUUCAAUUCGUGACUUUUUCCUCCCCCUCUCAGAAAUGGCUCAGAACAGCAGUUCUCACGUAGCAAGCUCACAGAAAGCGUUAAUGCUCGAAAUGAAAAGCCUCCAAGAGGAGCCAGUGGAGGGCUUUAAGAUCACCCUGGUGGACGAGGCAGACCUCUAUAACUGGGAAGUGGCCAUUUUUGGACCACCAAAUACACUCUAUGAAGGGGGUUACUUUAAGGCACGUAUCAAGUUCCCCAUCGACUACCCCUACUCCCCUCCAGCCUUCAGAUUCCUCACAAAAAUGUGGCACCCUAACAUUUAUGAGAACGGGGAUGUGUGUAUCUCUAUCCUCCACCCUCCAGUAGAUGACCCGCAGAGCGGAGAGCUGCCCUCGGAGAGGUGGAACCCAACACAGAACGUCAGAACCAUCCUGCUGAGCGUCAUAUCCUUGUUGAACGAGCCCAACACUUUCUCUCCUGCUAAUGUGGACGCCUCUGUGAUGUACCGCAAGUGGAGAGAUAGCAAAGGAAAGGACAGAGAGUACGCAGAGAUCAUUCGGAAACAGGUUCUGGCUACUAAAGCAGAAGCUGAGCGAGACGGAGUUAAAGUCCCCACUACACUGGCUGAGUACUGUGUGCGCACGCGUGCCCCUGCUACAGACGAGGGCUCUGACUUGUUUUACGAUGAUUACUAUGACGAUGAGGACUUGGAGGACAAUAACGAUGAGGACUGUUGCUACGAUGAAGAUGACUCAGGAAACGAGGAAUCGUGACGCUGCCAUCAUCACCGUUAUCCUUUUCAUCACCUUUAUCCUGAAACGUUGAAAAGCUGUCGCAUGCACCUUGUAUUUACUUUUCUUUUGCAAAUGCUAUAAAAGAUGUUUUAGGUUCUUUUCUUGGUCUUCUUUUUUUUCUAGUUGGAAAAUGAAAGCAAAAUGAAAAUUUCUCCUGGUCUCUGUUGAAUUGAGUUUUACAUUUGCUCCCUCAUUUAAUUUAUCUUAACCUUGUGGUGUUUUUUUUCUCUCUCUCUCAUUUUCUUGCAUUAUAGAAAUCCAAACAUUUCUGCUUUGUCAAACAGCUAAAUAAUAGAACAACCAUGAAGGGGUGAAAAGGAUUUAAAUUUUUUUUUUUUUUUUUUUUUUUUUUUUUUUUUUUUGCUGUACUGUGCAUGUUGGCGUUGUGGCAUUUUUAUUACACAGUGCUGCUCCCUUCAUCCGCCAUUUUGUUUUCCUGAAAGUUCUCUAAUUAAGGAUCAUCUGCAAGUCCAACCAGUUCAGCAAUAAAAUGCAUUUUGCAUACUUACAUGCUCCCGAGGCAAGAUGUAGGAGCUGAAUUGUCUUUUAUCCUGAUGUUUGUGUUACAUGAGUGUUUUCCUGAUCUAAAAUCUCUGAUUUUAUGUGCUGAUGUGCUUGAGCAGGAAAAACACUGAACUGUGUUUUGCUGUGGAUUGAUGAUCUACACCUGGUUUGAAUGCUUGUAGAAAGAUCGAUGUUAAGGGAAUGAUUAACCUUUUGGUUUGAGGGACAAACACUUGACGUGUGCCCUGCAGAGGCCUAAACCCCUACUACCACUAUGUCAGAUACCAUGCAUUAUUUUAAGAUGGUGGCGUUUUAACCUCAAAUUGUAAUCACACAUUUCCUUAUGUCCUGUGAUAGUGUGCAUCCGCUCAACCAGGAUGCGAAUCAUGACGUUAAAAUGGUAGGAGGGUCUUUUUUUUUUUCUUUUUCCUUUUUUUUUUCCUGUCAAAUUUAAAUAUUUGUUUUUGUGAUGCCAAUAUUGUACCGCACCCUCACAAAUUACAUUUAAUCUACAACUAGGUUUUUAUUCAUAGAGAAUGUAUUUUUUUUUUUCAUGGCCACAAUGUAAAUUCCUUCAUUUGGGGUUAUUGGGUUGAUUUUUCUCCUGGACUUAUGAAUGGUCAUGUGUUUUGAUUUUUGAAUUUCCCGUUCAGUAAAAUGAUAGCCCUGUCUGCAUUAAUUUAAUUUCAUGUCUUUGUGCAUUUAUUGACUGGAGAGGGCUUUUAACUACAUCAGCACUGACCAGUUGAAUUAAUUCAAUGUGAGCUUGUUUUAAUUGACUCUCAGGAUAAAACAAAUAGGAAAAAAAAUAAAUAAAUAAAAAAAUCCCACAGCACCACCAACCUUCCUGUGAACAGCAAUUUAAUCAGUCUAUCAAUUCUGUUUUUGAAGGCGGUUUACAAUCUUAAACGUUGAUGCUGAUGUGCACAUGUGAGUAUGUGGCUGAUCAUUUUACUGACCUGUAUGUAUUUUUAUGGUUUGUUGGCCUAUUUAAAACUGAAAAAUAAAAAUCUUUAUUAGAAUAUGA